GAGGGAGGGAGGGAGGGAGGGAGGAAGGAAUUAAUUUGGCAUAUUUGUCAGGUUUGGAUUUUUUGGGCUGAGGGUAUGGUAUUGAGAAUGAGCACACACCCUGGGUCAAACAGUUGCAAUGCACUCUAGGAAGAUGCUGCUUGAUCAGGAAGGCUGAGAGAGAUGAUCCCACUGGUGGUCCCUUCUAGCCUUGCCCAUUCUGGGAUUGUGAGCUAUGUCAGCUGUGCACUCCAUGUUCACUAGUCCAGGUACGUCAGUGGGAGUUCUCCACCUCCUUCACACUCAGAUGGACAAAGUGUUGUUCUUGGCUUUGACAGUGUAGAAACGAGCUGGUCCCAGAGCAGCCUUUUGUCCCUUCUCCUCUGGAUUGUCCACAAACACAGUUCUUAGUGCUGUUUUUCCAUCUGGUCUUCCUGGCUCUCCUGAAGUGUUGGUAGCCCAGCAUGCAGUGUGUGCAGUGUGCUCUUCAGCUGCCUUUUCCUGGCCGUUGCAGGGUGGAGCACGUUCGGAUGCACGCCAAGCACCGUGGGCACGAGGCGAUGUAUGCCGAGAUGGUGCUCAUCCUCAUCGCCACCCUGGUGGUGGCACAGCUCCUCCUGGUUCAGUGGAAGCAGCGGCACCCUCGCUCCUACAAUGUAAGUGACCCCCAGCCCGUCUGCCUCCAACACUGCAUGAGAUGUUGAGUGGUGCCCUCCUUUUGCUGAUGGAAAAGCGUUCUGCUUUUCCUAUUGUCUGGUGUUGGGGUUCCUUUGUCUUCCCCGCAUUCCCUUCUUUCUCCCAGCACGUGGGGGAUUCUGGCUAGGGAUGAGGAUGGAUGAACCUGAAGGCCUCAUGUUUCUGUUGGAAGCGAUGCAAAUAACUCAGAGGGACAUAGGGUUUUAACAUCAGGGAUGGACAAGCAGAUCCUGCGGGUUGUCCUGAGGGAAGCUGCAUUUUGUGGGUGCUUCCUUGGAAGCAGUGGGGACUUCUUGCUGCUGGCAGCUUGGGUUUGAUGGUUCCUGCAGCACUGUGCUGAGCAGACCUGCCACUUGCUGAUGCCACCAGCUUCUCUGCCUCUGUUAGUUACCUGAAACAAUUCUGACUUCCUUGUCAUAAUAAUAAUACUGAUUUAAUGUUUCCAGGUAGUACCUGUAGUGCUGUGUGAACUUUAAACCAACCCUGUUUGCCUGUUUCCCUCCAGCAGCACUGUGGGAGCUCAGCUGCACAGCUGUAGAUCCUUUUGGGAACAGGCUUGCAGAGGCAAGCCCAAACCUUCUUGCCUCAUGUGAUAUCUGUCUGAGGUGACUGUGGUUGCAGUGUUGGGACCCUGGGAAGGCAAAGGUUUAUGUAGCUGCCUUACAACAAUUAUUUGUGUGAUCAUCUCCCAUACCUUCCUCUGGAGAUGAUUUCUCUGCAUUCUCCUGCCAGCUGUGCCCUUUGUUACCAAAAAUCACAUGGCUGCGGCCUCUGACUCCCUCACAACAUCACAGAACUGUUUGGGUUCGAAAAGCCCCCUGAGAUCAUUGAGUCCAACAGUUCUUCCUGCACUGCCAAGCCCUGCAAUAAACCAUGUCCCCAAGUGCCACAUCCACAGAGCUUUUAAAUCCCUGCAGAGACGGUGACUCCAUCACUGCCCCAGGCAGCCUGUGCCAGGGUUUCACCACCCUUUCUGGGGAGAACUUUACCCAAUACGCAACCUUAACCUCCUCUAGAAACAAAACUUGAGGCCAUUUCCUAAUGUCCUGUCACUUAUUACCUUGGAGCAGAGACUGAGCCCUGCUUGGCUAUAACCUCUUUUCUGGCAGAGGCAGAGAGCAGGAAGGUCCUCCCUGAGCCUCCUUUUUUCCAGGCUGAGCCUCCCCAGCUCCCUCAGUUGCUCCUCAUCAGACUCAUGCUCCCUUCCCCACCUCUGCUGCCCUUCUCUGGACACACACUAGCAUAUCAGUGUCUUUCUUGUGAGAGGUCCGUGACUGAACCCAGGAUUGGAGGUGCCUCACCAGUGCCCUUCCCAGGGGAGCGGUCACUGCUUCAACCCUGUGGGGUCACACUAUGGGUAACACAAGCGGGGAUGCCCUUGGCCAACUGGGCAUGCUGGUGGUGGUUUUUGCCCAGCACUUAGAGGUUGGGGUUAGUAUAGGCAAGGGGAGAAGCAUGACCUUUCUGCUCAAGUGAUGUGGCAUCAAAGCUAUUCCUGUGAACCUGAUGCCAAAACUAGUUUUGAUUUUAUAUUUUCUUCAUAUAUAUUCAUAGCUCUUUAGACUGAUAUAGUAUAGUUAUAUAGUUUCUAUCUGUCUCCAAUGUUUUUCCUACUCUGAUACCUACCCUAUUUGCCCCUGGAGGCCUCCAACUAAAGGCCAGCUUUUAUAUUACCUCCUUUAUUGAAAUUGUCUCAUAGGUGUGUUGUUUUGUUCCUAGAUUUUUAAGGCAGCAGUUCCUUGGAGAGCCAGGCAGGAGCACCUGCUCCAGAGAUGAGGGUAGCAGAGUGGGUCUGGCUGCAUGGGGCCUGCCCUGGCUCAGGAUAAUCCAGCUCUGUGUGUGUCCCUGCAGCCUGCCCAGCACUCCAUCUUCACCCAUGGGGGACAUCAUGCAGACCCCGCAGUUUCAGCUGCGGUGGCUGAAGGAGCAGCUGGCUUUUGAGAGAGAGAACCGGGAAGAGCUGGAGGUGGCGGAGAGUCAGAAGCUCAUCAUGGAGAAGGGUCAGUCGCUAGCAGGACGUCCUGGGGUGCAGGGAGGGGUCUGUGGGGCAGAGAUCUCCCCUUGUUUCUCUGACUUUUCUGUUGUGACCCCACCACGACUCUGCUCAUGCAUGGUCCAUCCUGCCAGGCUGCAAGUAAGACUCCAGCUGCCUUCUUCUGUCUUGUGCUCCCUUUUACAUCCUGGGUAUAAUAAUGAUUAGCCAAUUUUAUCAACAAAGAAUUUUAUUGAGAAACAGUAAUAUAGAAGUCAGAGAAAGCCACAAGCAAAAAUCAGUGCCAAGCCCAGGGUUGGCACUGAGUGAACCUCAGCUUCGGCCUCUAUCACACCAAAGCUCCCUGAGUUCACAAAUUCGGUCCUUGCAGAGUCCACUUAUAUACAGUUUGUGGCUGUGUUAUGAACAGAUUUCCAGUGGGUGUGAGGGCUUGGGAAGCUGCCCGUGUUGGCUGCUGUGGCCCUGGGAGGGGGGCAGGGCUGUGCCUCUGGAGCACCAGCCGCCGGGCAGCCACGGCCGCGCCGUGCGGCCCUGACGGGCGCAGCCACUGCUGGCGGGAGCCACGGCCAGGCUCUGAACAGAGUAAAAAGGGGGGGUGGACACUGGAACCCCCAGCGUUUCCCGGUAGGGAGGGGUUGUGCCAUCCCUGUCCUAGCGAGACAGCCGCACCAUCCCCCCAGAGGAAAAUGCAGAGCAGCCAUUAGCAUAUUAAAAGAGUUUCUGAGUACUCAAAAUUCAACCCCUUCCUCCCAAUUUGUGCCAUUACCCAGCCUUUUAGAAAAAUGGGAGUUUUUCCAUUUUGCAGAGAAACCCCAUAGCCUAGAAGAGGCUGCCCUGUGGCAUUCUCCUACCUCAUUAAAAUGUGAGAAGGAGCGGCUCCUAUCUAAAUGGCCCUGUCAUUGUUUGGCUGUAACUACCUUUUUCAGCAGGGAUACCCUCUUCCCGACCAGGACAAAUGCAUAUGCAUUUGUAUAUGCAAAUAAAACUGACCCUGUGAAUCCUGGGAGGGUUUUUUUGAGAGGAAGUGCACCCCAAGAUGAGAAGCUAGAUGCAUCAGAGGAGAAUUAGAGAGUGCCCUGGCCGAGGAAGGAGUGGAUGCACCCCCUGGCCUGGUUUGAAGAUUCACCCUGACCUAUGAGGAGUCUGAAUGGAAUGGCAGCCAGCCAGCUGAAGUGACUGCCAUAGAUGUUAGGAAACUCUCAAAGUUUUUUCCUGAGGGUAAAGAGCUGACUCUGUACUCCAGUGACAGACUCCCACUGCUCUGCCAGACCAGACGGUUGACCAGAGAGAGCUUCUAGCUGUUUCUGUGGAGACAAGGAUUUGCUACCUACUGGGGGCAGCUGAGUGAAGACCCACAACAGUACCUGCGCCUUGGGACCACCACAGCAUCGUGAAAACCUCGGUUGGACUCUGCAAUCCUGCUGAUGACUUUAAUAAAGAGCUGAAUAUUAAUAAAGGCAUAUGCCCAGUUCUUUUCAGCUGGACAGUGGGUUGCACCAUACUUCUUUUGUUUCUCUUGUUUCUUCAACAUAUUCAUGUAGCCUCUUUUCCUUGCUGCCAGUAUGUUGAAUAGUUUUCCAAGAAGGGGUGAGUACUUGAUUCGAUUUCUGGGAACCGAUGCACACCCUGGAUGAGGGAGUAUAGAUCCAUAUCAGAUAUUAAUCACUGGGUCAUUGUCAGGUCCCUCUCUGGAGAAGGCCCAUCUCUUUUCAGUGCCACCCUUCUGUUGCACAUGGGUCCCUUCCCUUGUUACUGGCAAGGGCAUCACAAUUCCUGAACACUUUUGAUUCUUAAGCAUGAAUGACUUUAUACCAUACAUACAUACCAAACACUAAUUAUUUCAUAUCAUAUAUCACACUGGGCAACAAAAGCCAUGACUGAAGCAACACCUAUGCUGAGCAGCAGUGCUGGUAGCCUGGCUCUUUGAUCUCCAGCCGUAGAGGGAUUCUGUGCAGAAAUGCUGUUGUUGGGGCUUCAGGUGAUGUGAAAAGUUGGUAACAGGCCCUUUCUUGCCCCCUGCCACAGAUGCUCAGAUCACCAUGAUGCAGUAGUGGAUGGAUUGCUUGGUAAAGCUCAAUGGGAAGCAAGCUGAAUUCCAGGUGGAGCCCAAAGAAAUGGAGGAGCUGAAGGAAAAGAACAAGAGAUAAUCCUCCAGGAACAUGCACUCCUUCCUCCUAGGUGGGACCUUGUCACUCUCACAUCCCCAGACUCCAUGUUGUCUGUCUCUUUCCUGAGCCAGGAGCACAGUCAGGCCUGCCAGCAGCUGCAGGCUGAGCAGGAGAAGGUGGCUGUGCUGGAAGCCCAGGCAGAGCAGCUGGCUGGCCUCCAGGCUGACCUGUCCAGCACUCAGGCAUGGACAAAGGAGAAGGAGAAUGAAGAGCAGAAGCUGAGGGCCGAGAUUUCCUUCCUGCAGGAGAAGAUGGCUGUGGCAGAGCAAACAGCAGCCCAGCGCAUGGCCAAGCUGGAGGCAGAUGCCUAGAGAGCUGCUGAGGUACUGGAGGGAGUCCAGCAGCUCUCCCAGGAGAAGAUCAAAUCCAAGGAGUUGGAAGGCACCAUGGAUCAGCUGCGGAUUGCAGAGAAAGCUGUGUCCCUCCGCUCUGCCAUGCAGGAGAAGGAGAACUGGAAGGAGCAAAUGUCCCAGUGUGUCCAGGAGAUGGAGAGGAAGAACAGCCUGAUCAGCAGCCUGGAGCAUGAGGUCUCCAUCCUCCAUCACCAGGUGACGGAGAAGGAAGGGGAGAGCAAGGAGCUGAAACGCCUGAUCCUGGCUGAGUCGGAGAAGAAGCUGGAGGAGAGGCUGCAAGUGCUGCAGACAGAGAUGGCUACUGCAGCCUCCCGUGCAGCUGAGAGGUGCUCGCUGAUGAAGGUGGAGGUGCAGCGCUGCCAAGAAGAGGUGGAGAAGCAGAGGAUGACCAUCAAGGCCCUGAAGAGGGACCGCCAUUGCCAGAGUGAGCGGGAGGAUGAGCUGCGGCAGGAGACAAAGGUCUGCCAGGACAAGUGCCUACAGAAGGAGCAGCUCCUGGCUGCCCUGCAGCAGGAGCUCGACAGCGCUCAGGCUGAGCGUGCCUCCCUGGAAAGCCAGCACCACCAGGACCUGGAGCAGAGAGCAAAAGCCAUGUCCACACUGCAAGCCGAGCUAGCGCAGGCCAAGCUGGAGGUGGCUGAGGUGCCGUCACUGCGGGAGCAGUUGGCAGAACGGGACCAGGCCAUUCAGCGGCUGCAGGCUGAGGCAGCAGAGGCUGGGACACAGCUGGCAGGGCUGCAACAGGCCAAUGCUUGGCUGGCCAAGGAGAACCAGGGGCUCAGCAAGAGCUGCAGCCAAGGGCAGCAGCAGCUUGAGGCGGAAUUGGGCCAGGCCAGGGAACGGCACACGAAGGAGCUGGAGCAGCUGCGGGCAGCGUCUGAGAAGCUGGUGACCAGCAGCAGGCAGGAGGCUAAGGAGGCUGUACAGAAGCUGGAGGACCUGAGAAAGGAGUAUGAGAGCAGCAAAGCAGCAGCCCUGGAAGAGAGGAAGAAACUCCUGGAAGCCAAGCAGAGACUAACAACUCAGGUAGAGCAGCUGGAGAUAAUCCAGAAGGACCAAACUCAGCAGGUCACACCAAAUGCUGGCUGCUCAGUGACAGUGCACAGCCCUCCUUACUUGUCACUUCACGCUGGAGCUGUUACCUUGAGGGCUACCAGCUCUCAGUUGGAAGCCUCAGUGGUGCCAUCAGACAGUGAAGAGUCACUGCUGUCUCAGCGGCUGCCCCAGAGGAAAUCAUCCCUGGAGAGUCUCUACUUUACCCCUAUCCUCUGUGAGACGCCGUCACAGCUGGGGAGCAGCCCAAACUUCCCGGGUGAAUUCUCGCGCAAGACCCGCUCAGCCCAGCGCCGCACGACCAUCAACAUCACCAUGACAGAUAAACAGGCAGAGUCUGAGGAACUGGCCAGCGUCAAGAACAUUCCAUUGGCUCAGUCCACAAAAACUUCUUCUCCUGCUAAGAGCCAUCUGCGCUCAGGUGUCUCCAUCCGUUCCCUCACCAGCUUCCCCUCCCAGGAAACUCUUGCAAAGCUGGAAACCUCCCCAGAGAAGACCCCUGGCAAUUCAGGAUUGUUGGGUCUCCCUGGGUACCGGCCAGCCACCUGUAGCUCCAUGCGCUUGCAGCAGACCAGCACCUCCAGCCUCGGCCAGAACACCAUGAAUCUGGGCAUGUGCCAGGAUGAGCCGGAGCAGCUGGAUGAUUGGAACCGCAUUGCAGAGCUGCAGUGGCGGAACCCCCCCCUGCACCUGAAGACCAGCUACCCCCUAGAGAACAUGCCGUCCACCUCCUUGGGAACCAUCACAGAUGAGGACGUGAAGAUGAGGGACCCAGAAGAGACACUGCGACGUGCCAACAUGCAGCCCUCCCAAAUGAUCACCACCGGCAGCGAGGCAGGCAGCCAGCGCAGCACCCAGGCCAGCAGCAUCACCAUCCGGCAGCAGAGGAAGCGCCUCUCAGAGGAGACCCAUCAGGGCCCUGACACCCCCCCAUCCAAGAAGCCAACCAGCUGCUUCCCACGGCCCCAGACCAGCCAGGACCGCGGUGAGCAGAGUGGCUCCCAGGUCAGUCAAGAGAGCGAGCAGCCAGCCCAAGCCAUCCAGGCUCAGAGGCGCCAGUCGAUGGCGUUCAGCAUCCUCAACACCCCCAGGGAGCUGGGGCGGCGCCUGCUGCGCCGGGCAGUCGCCCAGAGGAGCACUCCCACAGCCUCCACCAGCAGCGGCACCCGCCGUUCAUCCCGCAUCGCCACCACCAAGUCCCCCAGGGGCAAGGCCAGUCGCCAGUCACACAAGGACAAGCAAUCCUGAGGUUUCCCCAGUCCCCACGUUGCUGGCUCUGCCCUGGUCCCCACCUGCAACCCCACACCUCUCCCUGUCUCUCCAGGGCCCAGGAGCACUGAGGGGGAACAGGUGAGGCCACCCACGACUGCCUUGCAUAUCCCACUGACAGCUAUGGGGGUGCCCUGGGCAUGGCAAGGGCUCCUUGCCCUUCCUGCACCCAUUGUCACCCUAAACCCUUCUGGGACCCAAGGCAAGGGGAGGCACAGGGAUUGAGGGCCAGAAACACACAGGUGUGCAGGGGCUGGCACCAGGCAGCAGCUGCAGGAGCUGAGCUCUCCCUAGGGAUAUCCUGCAGCCCCAGUUACAGGGACAGAGCUGAAAUUAGCAUCCCUAGGGCCACAACCCCUGCUUACUGUCUGGGGGACUCCCCCACCUGCCCUGUCCUCUGACUCCUCCCAGGGAAGCUGAGGCAGCAUUUUAAAUAUUUCUACUUGUAAAUAAAGUGUAUUUUUCACCUGCUCUGGGGGUCCUGGCUUCCUUCUACAGUCCAUAUGCACCAGAACCCUUAUCAGGGCUUGAGGGGAGGAAAAGCAUGACCUCCUCCUUGUCUUAUCACCAUCCCCAUGAACUUCACAGGGUGUCCCAAGGCAGGAUCCUCACCCAGGCAACCUGCUGUAGCACCAAGCAGUCAUAGUGCAAUUUCCAUCUUUCUUCUUUUUUCUCUCCUUUAACUUACUCUUCUCCAGUAGCAACUCCUGCCAUUACAGUGCUUCAAACCCUGCCAAACCUGGCCAUGGAGGUGGAGGCGCCUUCUCCAUCCUCACACCAGCCUUGCCACAAAUGUGCAGGGGCUCCAGUGUCUCUGACCCUUGGAGUACUGCAGCUUCAGCCCCCGGCGUGGUGACACAGGGUUUGUCCCCAGCUCUGCUGUCCUACUGCAGGCACUGGGGUGAGGACAGGGUGCCACCCUGGUGUCUCCCCACAGUUGCUGGCAUGCUGCUUCACCUCUGCCAGGCCAAAGGGCAGCUGGCAAAUGGGGCAGGACACCCAGGCAUCAGGGGAUAAGAAAGGCCAGGCUGCGGUGGGGUCUUCUGCACACUGGGAGCCGUGUGUGGGGAGCAGAUCCAGCAGGAAGCAGCCUGUAGAUAGAGAAGGUGAUGUGGUUGUCACAGACUCUCCCUGGUGUUGAGAUGAUAAGGGAUUGGGACUGACACCCUCCCUGAUGGUUCUCAUGGCAGCCUGGGAAUACGCUGUGAUACCCUUCCAGUGCCAGGACAGCAGCAGGAGUCACCUCAGCUCCUCUCAGAGCAGCUGGUCCUCCCUGUCCAUCACAGGUGUGUGACCUCCCUGCUCACAGAGCUGUCACAAGACUCCAGGUGCCACCCCUACCCUAAAAUCUUGAAAAAAAACUUCCACAGAUGGAACAAAGGAAA